CGGCCGGUUGAUGUUGAUGCGGGAGGUCGGUCGCGGACGACGGGCGAGGCGUUCGGGGACUUUCUCGGAAAAUCUCCGCUAGCCGGUCCAAACUCGGACGAGCCGUGCGCUUUCCUUGUGGCCCGCGGUCAUCGGCGGAGUAUUUUUGAGCUUGAGAUAGGCCGUCUACCGCUGUAUGUUACGCAACAUCUCGUGGGGUGGGGGCGCAAAGGUCGCCUUGCCGCGCAUUCGUCCGCCAAGGCGCUCUUCACCCGCCCUAACCCGCAGAGUCUGAAGGUGUUGUGAAGACUCGGCGUCGCAGGCUCUGCCCCCGUCGGGGGCCGCGGACUCGUCGAGGAGCUUAAGCCAUCUGCCAGGCUAAUCCCGCAAGGAGGAUUUGCCGCGGCGGCUGCUCACCCUUCGCCGACCGGCCGCCGCAAUCGGCGCUUUUGUGCCUCUCGCCGUUUGGACCGAGCCAUCCCGGGCUUGCAUUUGACCUUCGGGUGACCCCUCCUGCGGCCCACUUCCCGGAGAAGCCGACCGAUGGUGAACCGGAUGAACGGCGACGAGACGGCAGCCUUCGCCUCGGCCAUCUUCGGCUCGUCCUCCUCCAACGGCCGCGACGCUCCUGAAGCCCGCCGAGCUCAAAGCGAGGGCGAGGCGCCCGUCGGAGGCGACGGAGUCCGUUUCCCGCAUUCGUGGUCGAGACGUCCCAAGAAAAGGCAGCGGAAAGUGCGGCGCGCGAGCGGCAUGGACGACGAUGCCGACGAUGAGUCUCUCUACCAAGUGGAGCACCUGAGCACGCUGGCGCUGGAGCGCAAAGCCGGCCUGCUGACGGCGGAGGACGGCCUGCGCCGGCUGCGGCUGCUGGACGCCAAAGGCCAGAUCUGGACGCAGGAGGUGCUGCUGCGGGUCCGCCGCCGCGACGUCGGCCUCCUCGACGCCGACGCCGAGUGCGAGCUGGAGGUGUUCCCGCUGAGUGCGGUGCAGCAGUGCCAGGCGGUGACGAACGCCUGCGGCUUUGACUCCAUCCUGGCGCUGGUGUGCAAGGACUCGGGCCAGAGGAAGGCCGACCUUCACCUGUUCCAGUGCGACCACGUCAAGGCCCACCUGAUCCGCGCCGACAUCCAGAGCGCCCUGACGGACGCCAAAGGAGGCGGACCCAAGAAACGGCCCGACGUCCUCAAGAUGAUCCGGAACAGCCGGGGUGAAAUCCCCCCUCCUCCUGCCGCCCCGGCCCCGGAACCGCCGACGGGUCCGGGGGACGGCGAGAGCCGCGCCGACGCCCGCUCGGACCGCGGCGGUGGGCCGCGGACGUCGUCGGAGGAGGACGAGACGGCGGCCGGCCUGGAUCGCGACGUGCAAAUCCUCAACCGGCUCCUGGAUGACAUCGAGGCCUUCAUCGGCCAACUGCAGAAGGCGGCCGAGGCGUGCGGCCAGCUGGCUCGGCGCAAGCAAAACAAGAAGGCGGCAAAGAAGAGAACUCCCGGAGAGGGCGUCCUGACGCUGCGCUCCCGAGCGCCCGAGCGUGGCCACUUCCUGGACUGUCUGCAGAAGUUCAAGUUUGCCUUCAACCAGCUGGGGAAACUCAACGGCCGCAUCCGCAACCCCAGCGCGGACGAGCUGCUCCACUUCCUGUUCAUCCCCCUGAGAACGGUGGUCCGGGCUUCGGGCGGCGCCGAGGUGGCCCGCGGCGUGACGGUCCCGCCGCUCACCCGCGACGCCGUCCGGCUCCUGCGCGCCGCCGGCACCGCGGAGGAGCGCCGGCUGUGGGCCGCGCUGGGGGAGGGAUGGACCGAGUGCAGGUCGCCGUCGCCGUUUAGGUCGGAGCGGCCCGAGGAUGGCCGCUUGCCGCCGUGCCCGCCGGUGUUCGCCGACGGCCGGGAGCCGCCGGCCUGCCGGGACGCGUCCGUCGGGGAGCGCCGGGCGCCGCGGGGGGCGGGCUCGCCCAGCACGGAGGAGGCGUCCCCGCGACGCGGGCCCGUUUUGGAGGAGGACGCCGAGUCCGAGCGCAUCGGCGGACAGCGAGCGAAGCUCAACAAACGCUUUGCCAAAUCCAAGUACGACUUUGUGGCGAGGAACAACACCGAGUUGUCGGUGCUCAAGGACGAGCUGGUGGAGGUCCUGGACGACCGCAAGCAGUGGUGGAAGGUUCGAAACGGCGACGGCUCGCUGGGCUACGUGCCAAACAACAUCCUGGACGCGGCGGCGCCGGCCGUGGACGUGACCGGUCGCGGGGAGGCCGUCUACAGUCACACCAUCCAGCUGAUGAUGCCGCGGAAGGAGUUUGAGAUGUUCAAGCAAUUGCUGGGAGAGCUCAACGAGAAGCAGACCGGCGCCGGGGCGGAAAGCCUUUCCGGCAAAGGCGUCCUCUCGCCCGCGCCCCCCGCCCCGCCACCCCCUCCGCCUCCGCCCGCCAUCGCCGCCGCCGAGACGGGCGCUGCGAGCUGCAGCGAUAGCGAUGGCGGCGCCGGGACCUUCGCCACCCGCAGGAGGUCCACCGUGGAGGAGGUCCGGGACGAGCUCCUGCAGCGGCUGACGUUGGGUCGCGGCGCCCGCAAGACCCUGGGCGUGGCCUUGCGCCGCGGCGCCGCCGCAAACAUUCCCGGCGUCAGCAUCACGUACGAGUCGUCGCCCGACGACGUGCGGCGCUGGCUGGAGGCCAAGGGCUUCAGUCCCGUCACCGUCGGAAGUCUGGGGGUGCUGACGGGGGCGCAGCUCUUCUCGCUCAACAAGGACGAGCUGAAGACGGUCUGCCCCGACGACGGCGCUCGCGUCUUCAGCCAGGUCACCGUGCAGAAGGCCGCGCUGGAGUCCGGCUCCGAGCUGCGGGAGGUCAUGAGGAGGCGUCGGGAGAUCCUGGCAGCCGGCGCCGGCGAAUCGGGGAUGGAGUCUGACGAAGGCGCCGCCCACCGAAGGUCACAUGACACCCUCCCUGGCUUCCACGUUUGCUGGUUCGGCGGCCCGUUUCCGACUGCCGGGCGCUCACGUUGACAUGAGGAUGAGCGUUAGCCGAGAAGACGCCGCCGCCUGGUCUAGCUAUGUAGCCGCUAAGCCUGGCGGCGCCACACUCGCCGUCAGAGAAAACGGCAAAGAUGCAAAGGUGACUUUUUUUUUUCCAAACCAGGGACACAGUGGCCUGGAACCUGAAAUGGGCGGGGCGCACACUGGAAAUGGACUCGAGCCGCGUGUCUUGUUGCUCAUUGGCCUCACGAGCACGCUCCCUCAAACACUUUGGCCGUUAGCGCUGCCCCUCGUCAAAUAAACGUAUCGCCCCAAAAA